AUGGCCAGAGUAGAGAGGAAAGGGAGAGAAGCGUGUGAGUCUGAGCUCAGCGUCUUGAGGCGGGUUAGCCAUUGCUACAUAGUCCAGCUCAUGGAGAUCUUUGAGGCAUGUGAUCGAGUUUACGUGGUGAUGGAGCUGGCCACAGGAGGUGACCUUUUCGAUCGACUCGUUACUCAGAGAUCCUUUACAGAGCAGGACGCUGUGAGAAUCCUCCGGAUGGUUGCCGAUGGGAUCAGGUAUUUGCACACUUUGAGAAUAACUCAUCGGGACCUAAAGCCUGAAAAUCUCUUAUACUAUCAUCCAGGUGCUGAGUCGAAAAUUUUAAUCACCGAUUUUGGGUUGGCAAACUCUGGGGACAAAAGUGGUGACUGGAUGAUGAGGACGCUCUGUGGAACACUGGAGUACAUAGCCCCCGAGGUUUUGCUAAGAAAACCUUAUACCAGUGCAGUGGACAUGUGGGCUCUUGGUGUAAUUACAUACGUUCUACUCAGUGGAUUCCUGCCUUUUGACGAUGAAAGCCACAUGAGGCUGUAUAGGAAAAUUCUGAAAGGCAAAUAUCAUUAUACGGAAGAGCCUUGGCCAAGUGUUUCCCAGUUGGCGAAAGACUUUAUAGACAAACUACUGAUUGUGGACGCUAGUCAUCGCAUGUCAGCUGGCCAGGUCCUGGAUCACCCCUGGGUGAUCACCAUGGCUGCAGGGUCUUCCAGGAGGAAUCUUCAGAGGGCCAUUUCUUGGAACCUCAUGCGGAAGUCCUCUCCCUAUUCACAGGGUCCCAGAUCUGCACAGUCUUCUAAGUCAUAUUAUCCUCACAAAUCAAGGCAUAGGAGGAGCAAGAGAAACUUAGAGGUAGAAGAAUCACCGCUUUUGUGA